AUGGUUGAAUUGCGGUCGAGAAGAAGAACGUCCAAAAGUGUAUCUACAAUGGAUAAUGAGCAGGUUUUGCCACGAGAAAGACCGAGUGCGCUCGCCGAAAACGACUCCCUGGUUAAUACAGCGAUUUAUGACUUGCCGUCGAACUCCUCUAGUGAAAGUCCCUUGGAACUACAUAAGCAAUCUUUGUGUGAUCCUGGUUGUGAACCACCGCAAAAUGCUGACCGUCCGCGGCGAAGAAGAAGCCCUUCAUUCUCAGCUUCAGCGGAGAGUUCUCCGAAAAAAAUGAAUAGGCGACGGUCAAAGCGAUUUCGAGCGGAGUCAGAUGGCGCUCUCAACUUACAGGAAGCUCUUAAGUUACCCAUCAUAACCAGGUCUAGUGUUACGCAUGCGGAUGAAGGCGAUAGGCGUCGCGAACGUUCCAAUGUUACGUUGGAUCGACUUCAACUCGAAGACCGCGUCGACGUCGAAGUCAGUGUUACCCCUACCCAGACACACGUUUUGAAAGCUUCGACGAGCACAGCUCCUGCAAAAAUAUGUGGACAAAAGGAUCCUGUUUGUGACCAAUCUCCCAAGAAAGAUACGCAAAGACGAAAGAAGGUUUUGCUGUCGAGGUCGCCGACUAAUAGGAUACAAGCCGAUGAUAAUAGCGAGACAAUCACUGAAACUGUGGUCGAGGGUCAGACACACGAGCAGUGCUCUCGAAUUUCUCCGAGAAGUACUUCCAGGUCGCCGACAAAAGGAAGACUGGGCGGUGGCAGUGGCGGGAUAAUCAGUGAGACUUCAGGCGAAGGUCAGGCUCUCGAAUUUCUCCCAGAAGUACUACAAGGUAUGACCAGAAUUUCGCCGAGGAAGCAUAGUGAGAAGAUGAAUACAAGUAGUGAAGUUCACGCCUCGAAGCUGAACAAUAAUCCAGCACGAACACCACAAAGUGCACGAAGUGUUCGAUUUGGCAACGAGUCUCUCAAUGCUGUCCACAUUAUUCCAUCUGUGGCAACAACCGUUCCUUUCGCUGAACAGAUGGCAAAAGAAAGAGAAGCUGAAGCAUUAGAAGCAUCUAACGCUGUAUGUGAAGGGGGCGAGGAAGAGAACUACGAUGGAAACAUGGUACCAAAGUGCUCAAGAGUCAUAAUUGGCCAAAGAUUCAUUGCGGUGGACCGAUUCUGUCGUAAGGAUGAAUGCAAGUAUCACUUUUUGACGCAUGCCCACGUCGACCACUUCGUCAAUCUUGGCAAAACAUGGAAGACUCCAAUAUACUGCUCAGAGUUAACAGCUAAACUUCUGCCGUUAAUGAUGGGAAGUCGAGCGGUACCCUCGCGACUGCUGCGUCCACUCGAGAUGGGAAAAACGCAUUCGAUCGAGCCAAACCUUGACGUUACUGUACUGGAUGCCAACCACUGCUUAGGAGCUGCAAUGUUUUUGUUCGAAGGUGCAUCCGUUCCCGGCGGAGCAAUACUGUGCACGGGAGAUUUUCGGGCGGAUGAUCGCUUUCUUUCUCGCUUCGACAGUGAUCCUUCGUUCAGAAGGCUAGCCAACACGUAUGUUUCCAAAAUUUAUUUUGACAACACUCACUUGAACCAUAGAGAAGAGUCGUUUCCGGAUAGAAAAGAAGCUGAGAUAAUG